AAAGGAAAUUGAAAUUCUAUCUUCUCGCCUCGAGUCCUUUGAGGAUCUGAAGAAGAAAGUUCAUACAUUUCUUGAGUGAGAAAAACAAAAAAAAUGGAGGGCGAAAUGAAGGCUUCGAGAUUCAAGAGGAUUUGUGUGUUCUGUGGGAGCAGCCAAGGGAAGAAGAGCAGUUAUCAGGACGCUGCCAUUGAAAUCGGCAAAGAAUUGGUUUCAAGAAACAUUGAUUUGGUGUAUGGAGGGGGCAGCAUAGGGCUGAUGGGCCUGGUCUCACAGGCUGUUCAUGAUGGUGGUCGCCAUGUUAUGGGAGUUAUUCCCAAGACGCUCAUGCCCAGAGAGUUGACUGGUGAAACAGUAGGGGAAGUGAAGACUGUUGCAGAUAUGCAUCAAAGAAAGGCAGAGAUGGCUAGACAUUCAGAUGCCUUUAUUGCCUUACCAGGUGGUUAUGGCACACUUGAGGAGCUACUUGAAGUGAUCACUUGGGCUCAACUUGGCAUUCACAACAAACCGGUCGGGCUACUGAACGUCGAUGGGUACUACAAUUCAUUGCUUACAUUCAUUGACAAAGCAGUGGAAGAAGGCUUCAUAAGCCCAAACGCCCGCCACAUCAUUGUGUCUGCGCCUACUGCCAAGGAACUGGUCAGGAAAAUGGAGGAGUAUGUUCCAUGCCAUGAAGGAGUUGCACUGAAGUUGAGCUGGCCAUCAUGGCAGGGAGAUGAGGGCCAUGAAACCCCCCUUGAAUUCGCAGCAUAGGAGCGCUCGUUUCGGUGCAAGAAUUAAGAUACUGAACCAGCCAGGAGAUGCUAACCUCAUAUUCCUAGAUUUUUUCUGU